UUUAAUUUGUUUACAAUUAACGAUAAAGCGGCUAAGUGCGAUCUUAGCGAGACGUUAAUUGCUUUAUCGGAGCGACCUUAGCUGAUAGAUCGUCUGCUAUUGUACGGCCAGAUGUGAUUGACCGUAAGCAACAACCGGUUCCGACUAUUAAUCAUUCUGACAUAAUCUAAUCGUGUAAUAUAUCCCGGCCGCGAGCCGAGCGGCGGCGGAAACUCCCGAGGCCGCCCGAGCCGCUGACAGUUCGUCACUCGUCCGUCACAGCGCGGCACACUUCUCUUAUAUACUCGAAUUACAUAGGUGCAGUAUACGCGCCGCCGCGCGCCAACGCCAGCGUUCUAUUUUCAAAUUUCGAUACGAUUGUUGCGGCCGUCGAUCGUAUCGAUUCGGUGCUUAGUCGAUUUUUUUCAGUGAGGUCGGCGUGUAGGCUUCAGGUGACCUGCCCGCUCGGGGGUUAGUUUUCCCGCACGUGCCGGUAGUGUUUACGUGUCUAAACGGCGCGGAGCUAACUGCGGAGUCAUUGACACGCCGCCGUGACACACAUUCUUUGACUGACGGCACGCCAACACGUCCGAGGCUUUUAAUCUUUUUUUUUUCUCUCCUCCGUCGACUAAUUUAUUGUUUUACAACGUAUUUAUCGGUCUUAUUGUGCUUCGGAGUUGUGCGAGUGUGCGUGGCGUGGCAUUGUUUGUGCUGUUAUCAGUGUAUCUGCUUGUGAUAAGGAAACUGCCGAAGGCGGCGCGCCUCGCGCCAAACGUGAGAUCCCCUAUUGAUGUUUUUUUUUUUGGUGCCGUAGUUUUUUUCGUAUAGUAAACUAAAACAGUGCGUGUGAUAGUUGAAUAUAAUGCAAUAUUACACAUGCAAUAAAUAUACGAAAUUAUUAUCGUGUUCGAUAAAAAAAUAACGACUAAAACAUUUCAGUUCAUUAAUAAUAAAAAGAGUUAAAAAUAAUUGUGAUAGUUAAGUGAAUUUAGUGUGAGUAAACUUAAAAAAACGGUGUGUGUAAAUAAGUAAAUGUUUAAAACUAAAAACAGUGCUCGAGAAAGUUUUUAGCGCGGUAUAAGAUACCAGGAGCGCAUAGUAAGCGUGGAAGUUACGCGGAAAGGAAUUUCGAUUUUCGCGCGCUAGUACACCCCGAAAGCGCUAGAUGGCGCGGUGACAAAGUGGCCUACAUGCCGGUGGCGUUGGGCUCGCUCGGCGGCGAGGGCGAGUACCGCGACUACGGCCAUCAUCUAUCGCCGCAUCAUACGCCGCAUCCGCCGCACAUACAGUACCAUGAGUACGCGCCGCCGCCGCCGCCGCCGAUCUACCACCCGAUACCGGACCCCUACUUCAGGCGGCACACGCCAUACUUCGGGCAACCAGAUUACAGAGUAUAUGAACUCAAUAAGAGGUUACAGCAGAGGACGGAGGACUCUGACAACCUCUGGUGGGACGCGUUCGCGACGGAAUUCUUCGAGGAUGACGCGACGCUAACACUAACAUUCUGUUUAGAAGACGGACCCAAAAGAUACACGAUAGGGAGGACCCUGAUACCUCGCUACUUCCGCAGUAUAUACGAAGGCGGCGUCUCAGAGUUGUACUACACGAUGCGCCAGCCCAAAGAGUCCUUCCACAACACGAGCAUCACGCUGGACUGCGAUCAUUGCACAAUGGUCACGCACCACGGCAAGCCUAUGUUCACGAAGGUGUGCACGGAAGGCAGACUGAUCCUCGAGUUCACGUUCGACGACCUCAUGCGGAUCAAGUCGUGGCACAUGGCGGUUCGCGCGCACCGCGAGCUGAUCCCGCGGCAGGCGGUCCACCCGCCGGACCACGCCGCGCUCGACCAGCUCACGAAGAACAUCACACGGCAGGGCAUCACGAAUUCAACGCUUAACUACUUAAGGUUAUGCGUGAUAUUGGAGCCGAUGCAAGAGCUCAUGUCGCGGCACAAAGCGUACGCGCUGUCGCCGCGGGACUGUCUAAAGACAACGCUCUUCCAGAAAUGGCAGCGGAUGGUCGCACCUCCUGAGUCCCAGCGGCCGGCGAGUAAGCGACGUAAGCGCAAAGGCAGUGCGGGCGCUAAUGCGGCGCCGCCCGCGCCCGCCAAGAAACGAUCACCCGGACCUAACUUCAGCCUCGCCUCCCAGGACGUGAUGGUAGUAGGCGAACCGUCGCUGAUGGGCGGCGAGUUCGGCGACGAGGACGAGCGGCUGAUCACGCGGCUGGAGAACACGCAGUACGAGGGCGAGGGCGUGGAGUGGAGCGCCCCGCCCCCCGCGUCCCCCGCCAAGACCCCCCCCGGCACCCACUGACGAGCGCCCUCUCCCGCCGACGCCCCCUUUAUUUAAUUUUCAGUUCCUCGGCGACCGGCGAGCUCCUCGCGCCUCUGAGCGCCUGGUACUUCCACACGGGCACACGUCAACAGAUAUAUAAAUAAAUGAAUAAAUAAAUAUAGGCCUUUACGGAUAAAUUAUA